UUUAUAUAUUUGUGUUUUGCGUGUGAUUAUUAAAAUAAUAAUCAAAAUUAACACAGAAAGGUAAUUAGCAUUUUCAGCUUUAUAAAAUAUUCACGUGUUCCAGUAAAAUGGCUGACAUUAUUAUGGAAUGCAAAUCUAUAUACGUGUGUGUAUAUAUAUGCAUGUUUACAUAUAUGUUUACGUGAAGGUGUUUCAGGACAUUUGCUAACGAACACGUCUCUAUGCGCAUGCUCCGACUUCAGCCUGCCAUUGUCAAAGACAGUCGAUAUUUCAAUCGAAUAAAGUCUUAAGAAUAAUAUAUUAGUUUGAAAUAAUUAUCGAAAAAGAAAAAGGAAUAUUUAACUAUCAUAUAUUCAUACACACACACUCAGAUAUAUAAAUAACGGUAAAACUUCUCUAUUGGUCAACUCCAUUAUCUACCUAUCAAUGACCACCACAACUGAUUCGUAAUAACUGAUUUAUACGAGAUUAUCAAAAGUCAUUGGUCUGAAAGAAUUUGUUUAGAUGCAUCACCAAUAUUUAUUUAUCAUUUAAAGACUGAAGGAAGUUGUGAUACCAAAUUAAUAUGGUUCUGUUUGGAUAAAUCUGUGUUGGAAUAUCUGGGAAAUGUAUUUUCCAAAGUGAGAUUAGUAGCUUAGAAUAUAUACAGAGAUUUGCAUUUUCGCUGUACUUGGAGAAGUGAACAAAGUGCGAAACGUCUUCAGGUAUAAACAAAGAUCAAAGUUGGUGGAAAUAUCGAAGAAACAGUUAAGAAUAAAAUAUAAGAAUUGGUGAGAGGAAAAGAAUUAUGGAAAAAGAAUUCUAUGAAACACCAAUUAAAAUUGAAAAUGAAUUAUGCAAGACACCAAUUAUAAUUAAAAAUGAAUUAUAUGAGACAUCAGUUAAGAUUAAAACAGAGUCUGAAAGGAUUGGUUUUCAUAAUGAAUUGCAGCAAGAGACAGAAAAAACCUCUACACACAGUAGUAUUAUUGGUAUAUCAAUCUCUGAAACAAGUCCUAAAACAGCUCACAGUUCUAUUCAUGCAGAAAACAAACCACAUUGUGAUAUCUGUGGUAAAUCAUUCUCUAACAAAAAUGCUCUCACUACACACAAACGCAUACAUACUGGAGAAAAGCCAUAUCACUGUGAUAUCUGUGGUAAAUCAUUCUCUCAAAAUAGUGCCCUAACUGUACACAAACGGACUCAUACAGGGGAAAGGCCAUAUCACUGUGAUAUCUGUGGUAAAUCUUUCUCUCAAAGAAAUAAUUUAACUAUACAUAAAAGCAUUCAUACAGGUGAGAAACCAUAUUGCGAUAUCUGUGGUAAAUCUUUCUCUCAAAGAAUUCAUCUAACUUUACAUAAAAGCAUUCAUACAGGUGAGAAGCCAUAUUCUUGUGAUGUCUGUGGAAAAUCAUUCUCUGCAAUAGCUCACUUAACUACACACAAGAUUGUUCAUACAAGAGAAAAACCAUACCACUGUGAAAUCUGUGGUAAACCAUUCUCUGCACUAGCUCACUUAACUACACACAAAAUUGUUCAUACAGGAGAAAAACCUUAUCACUGUGAAAUCUGUGGGAAAUCAUUCUCUCAAAGAAUUCACUUAACUUUUCACAAAAGCAUACAUACGGGACUAAGACCAUAUUCUUGUAGUUUCUGUGGUAAAUCAUUUUCUCGAAAUCAAGACUUAACUAAGCAUAAACGCAUUCAUACUGGAGAAAAACCAUUUCCCUGUGAAAUCUGUGGUAAAUCAUUCUUUACAAGGAGUGAUUUAAAUAAACACAAGCGCAUUCAUACAGGUGAGAAGCCAUAUCACUGUAAUAUCUGUGGUAAGUCAUUUUCUGGAAGUAGUCACUUAAUUACUCACAAACGUACACAUACAGGAGAGAAACCAUAUCACUGUGAUAUCUGUGGUAAAUCAUUCUCUGAAAGAAGAACAUUAACUACUCACAAACGUAUUCAUACAGGUGAGAAGCCUUAUUCAUGUACUAUUUGCAGUAAAUCCUUCUCUGAUAGAAAUGCAUUAAAUAAACACAAACAGAUUCAUACAGGAGAGAAGCAAUACCACUGUGAUAUCUGUGGUAAAUCAUUUUCUGGAGAUGAUAACCUAACUGAACACAAAUUUAUUCAUGCAGGAGAAAAGCAAUAUUCAUGUGAUCUUUGUAGCAAAUCAUUCACUGAUAAAACUGCUUUUACUAUACACAAAGGCACACAUAGAUAUGAGAAGCUGUAUCAUUGUGAUAUCUGUGGUAAAUUUUUUUUGGAAAGUCGGAACUUAACUACCCAUAUACGUACACAUACAGGAGAAAAGCCAUACCACUGUGAUAUCUGUGGUAAAUCAUUUUCUGGAAGAAGUAACUUAACUACUCACAAAAGAAUACAUACAGGUGAAAAGCCAUAUCGCUGUGAUAUUUGUGGAAAUUCAUUCUCCCGUAGAGAUGUCUUAACUACACAUGAACGAAUACAUACAGGGGAGAAGCCAUAUCAUUGUGAUAUCUGUGGUAAAUCAUUCUCUCAUCGAAAUGUCUUAUCUUCACACAAACGUAUUCAUGCAGGACAGAAGUCAUAUAGAUGUGACAUCUGUGGUAAAUCAUUCUGUCAUGCAGGAACCUUAACUAGUCACAAACAUAUUCAUUCCGAAGAGAAGCAUUAUCCAUGUGAUAACUGUAGUAAAUCAUUCACUGAUAGAAAUGCCUUAACUAUACACAAAGUCAUUCAUAGGUAUGAGAAGCCAUAUUGUUGUGAUAUCUGUGGUAAAUUAUUUUUAGAAAACCAUAACUUAACUACCCAUAUAUGUACUCGUACAAGGGAGAAGCCAUAUCACUGUGAUAUUUGUGGUAAAUCAUUUUCUGGAAGGAGUAACUUAACUACUCACAAAAGAAUACAUACAGGUGAAAAGCCAUAUCGCUGUGAUGUUUGUGGUGACAAGUUUGCUCGAAGUGAUGUCUUAACUACACAUGAACGAAUUCAUACUGGAGAGAAGCCAUAUCAUUGCGAUAUCUGUGGUAAAUCAUUCUCUCAUAGAAAUGUCUUAAAUAAUCACAAGCAUAUUCAUGCAACAGAGAUACCAUAUAGCUGUAAUAUCAGUGGUAGAUCAUUCUCUCAAACAGAAACCUUAACUACUCAGAACCAUACUCAUACAGAACAAGAAAAAUAUCAAUGUGAUAUUUGUGGUAAAUCAUUUCAUAGAAGUAGUUACUUAAUUUCUCAUAAACGCAUUCAUACUGGGGAGAAACCGUUUUCAUGUGCUAUUUGUGGUAAAUCAUUCUCUCAUAGAAACGACUUAAGUAGACACAAGCGGAUUCAUACAGGAGAGAAGCCAUAUCACUGUGAUAUCUGCAGUAAAUCAUUUUCUAGAAGUAGUAGUUUAACAAGACACAAGUAUAUUCACACAGGAGAUAAACCAUAUCCUUGUGACAUCUGUGGUAAAUCCUUCUCUGGAGGCAAUGACUUGAGUAGUCAUAUACGUAUUCAUACUGGAGAGAAACCAUUUCAAUGUGAUAUUUGUAGUAAAUCAUUCACUCGUAAACAUAUCUUAACUAUGCAUAAAAAUAUUCAUACAGGGAAGAAACCAUAUGAUUGUAAUAUCUGUGGUAAACCAUUCUCUCGAACAGGAGAUUUAACUAAACAUAAACGUAUUCAUACAGGAGAGAAACCACAUCACUGUGAUAUCUGUGGUAAAUCAUUCUCUCAUAGUAAUGCCCUAACCAUACACAAACGUAUGCACACAGGGGAGAAACCAUAUCCUUGUGAUAUUUGUAGUAAAUCAUUCACUUCAAAGAGUAAAUUAACUGUACACAAACGCAUUCAUACAGGAGAGAAACCAUAUCACUGUGAUAUCUGCGGGAAAUCAUUCUCUCAAAGCAGUGACUUAACUACUCACAAAUUUAUUCAUACAGGUGACACACCAUAUCACUGUGACGUCUGUGGUAAAUCAUUCUCUAGAAGGGGUCACUUAACUACUCACAAAUAUAUUCAUACUGGAGGGAAACCAUAUCUCUGUGAUAUAUGUGGUAAAUCAUUUGCCCUAAGUAGUGAGUUAGCUAAACAUAUGCGUACUCAUACAGGAGAAAAGCCGUACCACUGUGAUAUUUGUGGUAAAUCAUUCUCUCGAAGUUGUUACUUGAUAACACAUAAACGCAUUCAUACUGGAGAGAAACCAUAUGCCUGUGAUAUCUGCGGUAAAUCAUUCUCUCAGGGAAGUAGCUUAACUACUCAUAAGCAAAUUCAUACAGGAGAGAAACCAUAAUUCUAUAGUGUAUCAUUCUCUUGUCAUCAUCUCUUACACCUGUAUUUCUUCAUGCAAAAAAAUAAUAUUAAUGUAAAAAGUAUCUAACCAUAAGUGUAUUCAUAAGAAAGAAAAUGAAGCAGUGUGAUAAGCUGGCAACACUAUCAUCAUCAUCAUCAUGAACAUCCUUUCCAUGCUGGCAUGGAUUGAAGAGUUUGAGAGAAUUUGAUCAGUUUGGGAGAGCAUCAUGCACCAAUGUUUGCUAUAGCAUGAUUUUUUCUGCUGGAUUGUCUUCUUAAUGCCAUACACUUUACAGAAUAUACUGAGUGCUAUUUUCGUGACACCAGAUCUUGUCAGGUUUCCACGCACCAUAAAUGAAAUAAUGCAUCAUAUCAAUAUUAUUCCAGCGAUACUGGCAAGUGACAGUUCUUCAGGUGUAUCAACAAACAAUUUGCUGUUCGCUAAACCAAACCUCAUUCCACAGAAUAUAUGCCUCACAUUGAUAAUGUUAUAAUUAUUUCAUUAGUAUAUAAUAGUCAAAACAAAACAAUAAACAAGAGUACAUUGUAAACCACUAUAUAAACUGAUCUUUCAGGAAAUGAGGUGAAUGAAAAGAAUAAAGGAAAAUUAGGAAACAACUGGAUAAAUAAAUUUUUAAUAUUGUUGUAUUUCAGGAUGGUUAUUUCUUUUAUUUUUUGCCAAAUAAACACACGCACUAUAUAUUUAUUCCUCACUCGUUUAUUAGUUUUAUUUUUAACUUCUGUCCAUUGUCCAGAAAACUUAUGUCACACAUCUGUAACCUCUUCAGUGACACUUUCUGUUUUUGUGUCAGGGGAAGGCCAUACUGCUGCUAAGAACAAUGACACACACACAAACAUGGAUGCAAAUGCCUGCGCAGAUAAGGAUACACAUCUUAGAAGAACAGAAUGGAGUAAGUGGAGCAAGAGCACACACAAAAAUGAAAAGUAUCGCUGAAGAGGUCACAGAUGUGUGACGAAAGCUUUCCAAACAAUAGACAUGAGUUAAAAAAAAAUAAGAACAUUUACAAACGAGUAAAGAGCAAAUACAUAGUGCAUGUAUUUAUUUAGCAAAAACAAAAAAUGAUCAUCCCGAAAUAAAACAAUAUCUGCUUCAACACAUGAUUUCACAUGAGGAAUCUUGCAAGGCAAACUGAUAAAUGUAAAUUUUUAAUACAGAACAUCUAAUCGGUUUACUAACAUAAUUGAAUUUCCUUAGUGAUGCUGCCAUCCAUAAACAGGUGUACAUGUCUCUACAUCACUAUUUUCUAUAGCGUUGUGAGUGUGUAAUUUUAUGCGUACACUUAUGUAUACUGUAUCAUUUUUUAACUUAGUUUGUAUAUACUAUUUAUCAUCUUAAUAUUAAUCAUCAUUUAACGUAUGUUCUAUGCUGGCAUGGGUUGGAGCAUUAUGUGUGUGAGUAUAUACUUAUAUAUAUAUAUAUAUAUAUACAUAUAUAUGUAUAUAUACAUAUAUAUAUAUAUAUAUAUAUAUAUAUAUAUAUAUAUAUAUAUAUAUAUAUAUGAAUAUAAAGGAAUGGAAGUUCAUUCUUCAUUCAGAUGUGGAGUGGUUGGACUGUGCUAGUGUUGUAACAGUUGUUGCAUUUGGAGCAUCAUAUUUGGUAUACUACAUAUAGAUGUAGGCAUGUGUUAGAGUUGCAAAUAGGGCAUCUCACCACUGAUGUGUCUUCCUUCUGCAAACACUUAACCAAAUGCAGCAACACCACUAGAGAGAUAGAAGCAUCCAUGCUACCCUUAGAGAGGAACACAGGAAAUCCUUGUGUGAAUGAAGCUAUAUUGACCCACUGCCUCAACUUGAAAAUUAACAGUUGAUCACAGAUGGGCCAGUGACUCCUGUGAAUACAUCAUAGUGACUUCAUAAAACAUUCCACUAACACCAUCUUCCACCGCUACUAUGUGAAAAUACAUUACAAUGACUAACAGUUGAAGAGUUGCUGCCAACCCAAUUGCCAGGCAGUUUAAAUAAAAUAACAAAAUCAAUGUAACUAGGCAUUUCUUGGACUGCUUCCUUCUGAAGAUAGGCCUUUGCACCUGAAAUAAAAAGUUUUUUUUAAAAAACUUU